GUUUGUAGGCGCCUAAGUGUCCAGGUGGGGAUUGGUCUGGAUGGAGUUGGAUGCUCCACUACGCCUGACAAGCGCUUGGAUUACAUAGCAGUGAGUCAUCUGCACUCGCGCCUCCCUACAGUCCCCACACUGUCCCGGAUAUAAUGGGUCUAUCGCCGUGGAGGCCGGCCAUUCUAUGCUCAGACGGUUUCUUUCUUUGUCUGCACCAACGAACAAAAUGAGAGCCGUCGUCUGUCCUCGUGCGCCCAUCGCCCCUGCCGAGCUCGUCUACACGACCGACCACCCGGAGCCCAAGCCGAAGGAGGGCCAUGUCCUCAUCCGCGUCAAGGCGUACGGCCUGAACCGCUCGGAGCUCUUCACAAGACAAGGACACUCGCCAGGCAUACAGUUCCCCAGGGUGUUGGGGAUCGAGUGCGUCGGUGUUGUGAAGGAUGCUGGAGGCGGGGCGAAGUGGAAGGAGGGUGAUGUGGUGGCUGCUUGCAUGGGCGGCAUGGGUCGUCAGUUCGAUGGCGGCUAUGCGGAGUAUGCCUUGAUCCCACACACGUCCGUAUCCGCCCCGAUCAAGCUUCCGGAGCAGAUGGGCUGGGCAGAGUUCGCCGCCAUCCCAGAGACGUACCUCACAGCAUGGGGCACGUUGAGCGAGUCGCUCAAGCUCCAAAGCACCGACACGCUGCUCAUCCGCGGAGGCACGACGAGCGUCGGGCUCGCCUGCGCCGCCCUCGCCAAGUCUUCGCUCUUCGCGCCCGACAUCAAGCCGACCGUGCUCGCGACGACGCGGUCCGAGGCGAAGAAGCAUGCGCUCAAGGCCGCCGGCGUCGACGUCGUGCUGCUCGACGAGAACGACAGCGUGCGCGAGCAGGUGAAGGCGGCUACGGCGGGGAGGGGCGCGACUAAGGUCGUCGAGCUCGUCGGCGGGACGACCCUCGCGGACUCGUGCCAGAGCGCUGCGGACGAUGGGGUCAUCUCGAUGAUCGGCUGCGUCUCGGGCGAGUGGACGAUAAAGGACUUUGACCCGAUGACAGCGCUGUCGCCGUGGAAGCAUUUGACGGUAUGCUCAUCGCAUUACCUCGAUGUAUCGAAGGCGCCGCUACAGUGGAUCGUCGACGCGAUCACGUAUGGCGAGCUCAAGCCGAGCGUGGACAAGGUGUUCAAGAUGGAGGAGACGGCGAAGGCGCAUGAGUACAUGGAGGCAAACAAGGCGGCAGGCAAGGUCGUCUGUCUCGUUGACUGAGCAGCUCAGUCAGCGCUGUUUGGGCAUUCAACUUGUUGUGUUAGCAAGAUGCAAUCAAUAUACUUGUAAGUAAUGUAGGACGCCAAUGGCAUCACAGAAUG